CGUGUGCACAAGGUAUUAUGAAAAGCACCCAUAACACAGCGCGUCACACUCUCGCGCUCGCGCUCGCCGUACAACAACACACCCUCACUGCAACCAAGCGCAAGCAGCGUUUGCCGAUGAGCUUGUUCGAGAGCUUCUUCCACCAUUGUUCGAACUCCACUCCUCGGCGGCUUGACUCAGCGGCAGGCACCUCUCACAGCAGAGGGGGUGCCUAUCAUUCACCUGUUGGCCCGGAAUGGUGAUACAGGGCUUAACCUCUCUUUUCUCAGCAUGCAGUCAUCAGAAAAUCUACUUUAAACCUACAUUCAGACCUUGGUUAGGCCACGGCAGUUGACAGUUGCGGCUCUAAGACUUCAAUUUCCGACACAAUCUAAACCCAGAGACCUCACUCGUUGACUGUGCGGCAAGCAGGAAAGUCUACGUGAAACUCACUCGACCCGGAAGAUCGUCGUACAUACUGCUGCGGGGGUCAUCUAGGGAUCUCAAGUGAUUGGGGUUUAGAUUGCCCGCAUGGUUUUGAUUAGGCUGAAC